CACAGUAUCACUAUCACACAGAUCACCCCACCCCACCACGGCCGGCGAAAACUUUUCACGCAGCCUUCAGGAGGUUCAGGCCCAGCAGGCUCACCAGAGGCUUCUUCCUCCUCUCCCCCCACCUUCUCACUCCGAAGAGAAGUCAAUGUCACUGCUGCCGCCUCCUGCUGCUCGGCAGCAGCUACAGGGCCUCCACCAUUCACACUCCUCGAGCUUCUACACUUAUUACUAGUGCAAUUUAUGCUGGGGGUUGGGGCCACGCGACCGCUCUUCUUUUUCUUGCUCAUCUUGCUCCGAUCCAAGAAGUGACAAGAGAUUGCGGCUGUAGGGUUCAUUUUAAUCUCUCUGUUUCCGGAAAAAAUUGGAGCUCAAGAAGAGAGAGGCCGCAAUGCCGAAGAUGUUUGGUUUCUCUCGUCGCCGGAUGAAGCUGGGGAGGUUGAAGGGUCAUCUAAACGAUCAAUUCCAUGUCUCUCGAAGCCCUUCUCGACCCACCAAGCGACUCAGUCACCCCAAUGGAGAGGACCCAGUGACUACCUCCGUGAGUGGCCGGGCCGAUGACCUUGCUUGGCGCUGCUCAUCUGAUACUUCCAAUCUCAAUGGACAUGCUUUUGAGAGCUCAGAGAAUUGGGCAGUGCUGUCAACGGAGGGUGACAAGCCGAUUCCUCGCUUUGAUCACGCAGCAGCCAUGGUAGGGAGCAAAAUGAUAGUCUUUGGUGGUGAUUCUGGUCACCGUUUGCUAGACGAUACAAAGAUAUUGAGCUUAGACAAGCUUACCUGGGAUUCCGUGGCUCCUAAAGUUCGACUAUCAGCAAGUGGACGUUCUCUGAAGUUGCGACCUUGCAAAGGUCAUUGUCUGGUUCCAUGGGGGAAGAAUGUCAUUCUUGUGGGAGGGAAAAGUGAUCCACCUUAUGACAAGAUAUCAGUAUGGACCUUCGAUACGGAAACUGAGUUCUGGUCACAUAUGGAAGCCAAGGGUGAUAUCCCGGUGUCUCGAAGUGGCCAUACGGUGAUUAGAGCAGGUCCUGUUUUAAUUCUCUUCGGGGGUGAGGACGCCAAAGGGAAGAAACUACAUGACCUUCAUAUGUUUGAUCUGAAGUCAUUAAUGUGGCUUCCUUUGAACUACAAAGGUGCUGGACCUUCUCCAAGAUCAAAUCAUGUGGCUGCACUUUAUGAUGAUAGAAUUCUAUUGAUUUUUGGAGGUCAUUCGAAGUCUAAGACCCUGAACGAUAUUCACGCUCUGGACUUUGAAACAAUGGUAUGGUCAAGGGUCAAAACCCAUGGUCAUCAUCCAUCACCUCGAGCAGGUUGCUGUGGAGCUCUUUGUGGCACUAAAUGGUAUAUUACUGGGGGUGGAAGCAAGAAAAAACGGCAUCCUGAAACAUGGGUCUUUGAUGUUCUGGAAUCUAAAUGGUCUGUUUGUGUAGUGCCUCCUAGUUCCUCAAUUACCACGAAGAAAGGUUUCAGCAUGGUUCCAUUGUACUACAGGGACAAGAUUGUUCUCGUUGCUUUUGGAGGAAACAAAAAGGAGCCAUCUGACAAGGUUGAAGUACUAGUGGUGCUGCAAAACGAGCACUGUUUCAGUUGGCGGUCUGCCCCUGAUGUGGAACCCUUACUCUCUGACGACUCUCCUCCGAGCUCAAGAGAACUUGCUGAUCAGCUCAACACUUGUGCUCCUCUGUACUCUACUAGCUCUGCAGCGAGGAGUAGCCUUGCCACCACAGUGGAGAACUCAUCUGGGAGGAAAUCACUUCCUGAUUCGCUGCUACAGAACUCAAAUCUUGGGAGCUCAUCACUCCACAGGCAGUUUCGUCAGGAAGAGGAGUGCAGCCUGGCCCAAAAACUUCAGAAACCGAUCGAUGAUGACAAAUACAAGGAUGCUGACGAUUGUUCCGAGCUACCCCCAAUCACAAGCCAAAAACAGCGUAACGACAUGCAUCAGUCGCCAGAUGCUGAUGCUAAGGCGAGGAGGCUGGGCAGAAGUUCGUCGGACAUCAACCAUCAUUACGAUACCAAGAUAACCAACCUAGUCAGGAGAAGCAUGGCAUUGGAAGAGCAACUUUCGGCUGCAAUGGCAAGCAAGAACGAAGCGGAGAAGAACCUGUCUUUGGUCAUCGACAGCAAGGAAGAACUCGAGAAGAGGCUAGCCGAUAGGGACAGGGAGGUCGAGGCGCUGAAGGAGAAGGUGACCGGAUUAGAAUUGGUUCAGGAAGAGUCGAACAACCUCUCAAACACUGUCCACACAGAUAAUGUGCGGCUCGAGCGAGAGGUGGCGUUCCUGAAGGCGGUGAUGGAUGAGACCCAGAAGGAACUGCACUCGACUCGUGGGGUUCUAGCGGGAGAACGCGCAAGGGCGUUCCAGCUCCAGGUCGAAGUGUUCCAUCUAAAGCAACGGAUGCAAGCGAUGGAAGGAAGGUCACCAACAGCAAGAAAGCCUUAGAAUCUGUAGGGUGCUGAAAUGUACAAUAUGCGAUAAUUCUGUUGUAAGUUCAAUGUUGUAUUGCGCUUUCUACAAUAAUUCUGUUGUAAGUUCAAUGUUGUAUUGUGUUUGGUAGAAAGUCUCAGAAUUUGUAGGGAGUUGAAAUGUACAAUAUGCAAUAAUUCUGCUGUAAGUUAGACGUUGUAUUGCUUUUGGUAUCAGAGCUAUUUCAAUUUCUAACAUUCAGUGCUAAAU